CAUCUCCACAGCUUCAUCCAGCCAUCUGAAGCCAUGAAUCCUGGCACGGCGCUUGUGGUGAUCACCGGCUGCUGCUUUGGCGCCUUCAUGCGGGCGGCCACCGGAUUCGGUGGAUCCACGCUGUUCGGACCCCUGCAAAAAAAAAAAACAAGGUUCGUGUUGACCUACAGCAUCUGCAGCCAGUUUCAAGUCGCCCCUGACCUGGAAUCGGUGUUGCUGAUGGUUAUCUUGGGCACUGUCUUCGAACUGACCACGUCUCCAGUUCUCUUCGCAGCCAUUGGAAGGCAGGCGCUGAAGUUCUGGCGGAGUCAAGCGCUGAUGUUUGUAGGAUGUAUCCCCGGAACCGUCUUGGGUCUCUAUUUGCUGAUGCAAAGUACGGAGAACACAGAGAUCUUAGAGAACACCAAGAUUGUGCUGAACGCAAUUUUCUACAUUGUGGCUAUGUACCGUUUGACCAUGGAGCUGGGGCUCGAUACAGAGAUCCCGGAGGCGCAGGAGCUGCCCGACAAGGAGCUCAGUCGCAAGCAUUGCUGGGAGUUUCUGUUGGUCAGCUGCGGCAGUGGCUUCCUCAACGGACUGCUUGGCUUGCCUGGGCCACCGCUGAUGGUGUAUGUUGCCUCCGUCGUGGGUGCGGGCCGCAUCAACACCAAGACUUGCUUCAUUCUAAGUCAAAGCUUCUUUCUAGUG